AUUCACGUUCUCUCCCCCCAAGCUUCUUCCAAAUACAGACUCUGGACAUUUGGCCACCUCUCCCGACGAUCAGAGCGAGAGAAUGUCGAAUAAUAAGAACGUUGGAGUGGCGAUUUGCUUGCUGAUCAUGGCCAUGGAUGUCACUGCUGGCAUACUUGGGAUUGAAGCUGAUAUCUCUCAGAACAAGGUGAAGCAUUUGAAGGUGUGGAUCUUCGAGUGCCGCGACCCGAGCAUCAAGGCUUUCAAGCUCGGGGUUGCCGCCGCGGUGUUGCUAACGUUUGCACAUGUGAUUGCCAACUUGCUCGGCGGGUGCGUUUGCAUGUCGUCCAAAGCAGAGUUACAGAGAGCAUCCGCCAACCGGCAAUUAGCCGUCGCUUCACUCAUCUUCGCAUGGAUCACCAUGGUGGUUGGGUUCUCAAUGCUGAUCAUAGGAAUAAUGGCGAACUCCAAGUCCAGAAAAUCUUGCGGCCUCUCCCACAAUCGAGUGCUUUCCAUUGGAGGGAUUCUUUGCUUCAUCCAUGGGCUCUUCACCAUCGCUUACUACGUCUCUGCUGCCGCCGCAGCCAAGGAAGAACAACACCUUCACGCCGGCCAUGUCUAGCACCAAUUCGAAUUCAAAGCUCAAAUUGUUCCUUAGUUCGAAAUACCCACUUGUAAUCUUCUGUCCAAUCCCCUUCGUUCAUUCACAAACGGAUUUGUUCGCAUAUUCUAAAAUAUAGUUCCGAACAGAUGAAUUCAGAAAUCGAAAUGAAAAUGGAUUUCAUUCAUUAGCGAUCCGAUCAUAGAACCCAUACAAGAAACUGUAAGGAAAUCAGUACAUCUAAUUAACCUAAGCUACUUCCUCUGCAAAUUUCCACUUCACAAUGUCAAGUACAAAAAGAAAGAAACAGAGCAUCUACUCGUCGGCGGCGGCGGCAGAGCGGCCUUUGGCGUCGGCUCUCUUGGGCAAAAGCAUGUUGUGAAUGUUGGGCAUCACGCCGCCGUUAGCGAUGGUGACUGAACCAAGCAGCUUGCUCAACUCCUCGUCGUUCCUCACCGCCAACUGCACGUGUCUCGGGACGACCCUCGUCUUCUUGUUGUCCCUCGCGGCGUUCCCGGCCAGUUCAAGAACCUGAAGAACAAAAAAGAAUCACCAAAACAAUACAGUUAGGUUCCAGAUCUGAGAGCUUUACAUGAUUUGAUUGAGAAACAGGAGUGAGUGGGAAGGUGGGAAAGGGCAAAAUUUACCUCGGCAGCGAGGUACUCGAGGACGGCGGCGAGGUAGACGGGAGCUCCGGCGCCGACGCGGUCGGCGUACUUGCCGGCUUUCAAGAAGCGAGCGAUGCGGCCGACGGGGAACUGCAGGCCGGCUUUCGUGCUCCUGGUGGUGCUCUUCUGGGACUUGCCGGAGCCCAGCGAUUUUCCUCUUCCGGCCAUUGGUGAAGUUGAGAUGAGGAUUUUAAAAAUUUCGUAAAGUUUCGAUGGAGGGAAAUUUGGGAGUGGCGCUAAUUUCACUGAACAGAAGUU